ACAAUGGCUAGUGCAGUUUAGAAAAUAAAAUAAUGUUGAAAAAAAUUCUAAUAUUGUUCAGUUUUUGCUGUGCAGUGGCUCAGAUGAUCCCGACUACUAAACCUAUACUAUUGAAACUAACUCCAGAACAAAUUAGAAAUACAUUUGAUAAUAUUAUGUCUGAUGAUUAUAUUGGAGUGCUAGCUAAAGAAUUUGCAGCUCAAGCAGCCAAACAUUUUGUCAAAGAAAUGAAGGAACAGAGGAACGUAAUCAUUGGCAGAAUUAAUGAAAGUUAUGGAAACCAAGUGAUGGAUUAUUCAAGUUCAAAUCAAGAACACGAACAAAAUACAUCAGAAAAACCUCAAACGAUAAAUGUUCUUGCACAGAAUCAGGCAUCAUCUGCCGGUAAAGAACAGCUGCAAGCAUUACAAGAGUCGCAAAAGGAAGAAUAUGAAUCAAGCGAAGAGACACCUCAAACUCAAGAUGAUAAGAAUCAAAAUAACGAGGUCAAAAACGUGAUGGAUUCUCGUGAAGCGUUGAAACUUCUGAAUGAUCCUUCACCUGAUGGUGAUCAUUUGGACUCACGUUCUGUAGAAACCCUAAGUGGAGAAUCAAGAGAUAAGAUACCAGUCAUAGAAGUAAUGAAAAUCAAUGGUGCAUACUACAGGAGGCUGCUAGGGUUAAUAUAAGUAGGUAAUAUACUUAAUUGUUUUACUAAAAAUGUUGAUGUUAAUAAAGGUUAUGUUAAUGCUAAAAAUGAAAUGAAAGACAUAA